UACAACCUCCUUCAGUGCGUCGGGACCGGAUACAGUAAACUCGGGGAACAGAAUAUAAAACUCUACACACACACACACACACACACACACACACACACGUAUAUAUAGUCAAAUCCAGAAGCUCAGAAUGGAGCGCGUCUCUUGGACACUUUUGCUCCUUUGCUCCACUGCGCUUUUAUGCGGUUCCGCGCAGGAGUUCGGCGCCACGCAGUUCGUGUGCACGUCGGUGCCGAAGGACGCGGAUCUGUGCGCGGCCACGAUGCAGAACAGCGCGCCUGCGGAGGACCUGAAGGGCACCGUGCUGCAGCUCCGGGAGACCGUCCUGCAGCAGAAGGAGACCAUCAUGAGCCAGAAGGAGACCAUCCGAGAACUGACCGGCAAGCUGAGCCGCUGCGAGGGCGCACAAGAGGACGGAGGAGCGGCGCAGAAAGCCGGGGGACGCAGGAAGGAGCCGGGGGGCAAGAACACAAUGGGGGACGUGUCCAGAACUCCCGGGGACACACUGGCGCAGCUCGGGCUCACUUUAGCCACGCUCAAACAGAGGCUGGAGAACCUGGAGCAGUACAGCCGGACGAACGGCUCGGUGCAGGCCAACAGUCUGAAGGAUUUACUGCAGAAUAAGAUCGAUGACAUGGAGAAGCAGGUUCUGUCCCGAGUCAACACGCUGGAGGAGAGUAAAUCUGGAGCGAGUAACGACACAGAGCAGCGAAACCGCGUGGAGUCGACCCUGAGCACACUCCACCACCGAGUCACGGACCUGGAGAAAGGUCCUAAAGGCAGCAGACCCAUGGAUAAGUUCCAGCUGACGUUUCCAUUACGCACUAAUUAUAUGUACGCUAAAGUGAAGCGCAGUCUGCCUGAGAUGUUCGCCUUCACGCUGUGCCUGUGGAUCAAAUCCAAUGCCUCCCCUGGGGUGGGAACGCCCUUCUCCUAUGCCGUGCCGGGGCAGUCCAACGAGCUCGUGCUCAUCGAGUGGGGCAACAACCCCAUGGAAAUUCUCAUCAACGACAAGGUCGCGAAACUGCCCUUCCUGAUAAACGAUGGGAAAUGGCAUCACAUCUGCAUCACGUGGACGACACGUGACGGGGUUUGGGAAGCAUUUCAAGAUGGAGUUCUGCGUGGAACAGGAGAGAACCUGGCUCCGUAUCAUCCUAUUAAACCUAAUGGAGUUAUGGUUCUGGGCCAGGAACAGGACACGCUGGGCGGCGGAUUUGACGCCACGCAGGCCUUCGUAGGCGAACUGGCUAAUUUCAACGUGUGGGACAAGAAGCUGUCGUCUGUGGAGAUCCACAACCUGGCAACCUGCAACAGCAGAGCGCAAUCUGGCAAUGUCCUGUCCUGGUCCGAGUCGAACAUCGACGUGUUUGGCGGCGCCACUAAGUGGACUUUCGAGCCGUGCCGUACGCUCAACUGAAUCACCCCCAUCACCGAGAAAACACGACGCAGAUCCGAGACUCGAUAUUUCUACAGCUUCUGUCCUUCCUCAUCUUCAUUUUGACAAAAAAAAAACACAAAAAAAUGAUGAACUGAGCACAAAUUUCUAUGAAUUCUUACAUAUUUGUGUGCAAAAGAAAAAAAAAAGAAUUCUUCUUGAUUCUCGUCAGUCUUGAAAACUCUUUUCCUCCCUGUUGUACGUACAAAAAAAGUCUUUCUUUCUUUCUUUCUUUGUUGAACUGAUUUCUUUUGUAUUCUUUUUCUCAAAUUGCACUUAGCUUUUAAAACUUUUUAUUUAUUUUAAUUUGCAUUUAUCUCCAAACGGAAGAUGGAUCGAUGCGACAAACAUGACGACUCUGGAUGAGGAAAAAACGAUAGAAAGAACCAAAAAUGGUGGUGGAGGACGAUCGUGGACGGAGAGACGGUUUUAUGGGACGGUAUUUUACCUCGAGAUUUUGGAUUUUGCACUGUGACUACAGAAGGUUGUGGGUUGUGGGUUGUGGGCUGUGCUCGGGUUCUCGUAGCCCCCCACCCCCCCACCCCCCGGACGCUUAUUCGCUCGGGACAGAUGUAUAAAGUAAAAUCAAAAGAGAUAGUUUAAUAAUGUUUAUGGAAAUGUUUUCGGGUAAAUCGUUUUAUUUAUUAAGAUCUUCGAGUGUUUCUCUUGAGGAUGUCGUUUGAUUUUCUUUGACGAACACGAACACGCUUACGAGUGCCUUUGGGCUGGAGCACCGAUUCAGCAGCACACACACUCUUUAUUUAUUUAUUUAUUUAUUUAUUUGCUUUAAUUGUCGUGUUUACCUUUACAGAUUGCGGGUUUAAACACAGAUUAUGGUGUGUGUGUGUGUGUGUGUUUGUGUGUGUGUGUUUGUACCCUGUAAUAGGAAUGUUAAUGCAUAGCGACAGCAUGAGCGAACAAACGCUGCGUCCCCAGUUUUGCUAAUUUAAUUAUUUUAUUAUUUGUUGGUUUAUUUUUUAAUUGUUGUUGUUGUUGUUGUUGUUGUUGUUGUCGUUGUUGUUGUUGUUCUCCCUCUUUCCCAUGAUUUGGGUCGGGUUUUUCUACUGUAUUGUUAUACGCUAAAAGCAUGGCAACACUGAGAGAUCUAAUUUUUGUAAUAAAAUUGUAAUAGAAAAAAAAAAAA